CCGGAAGCAUGAUUUGUACCCAAAGUUCCCAUUGCAAAAAUUCAUCAUGGCGGAAAGCCCAGAAAAUUCUGGAGCAGGCAAAAUCACUAUAACCAUAAAAACACCGAAGGAAAAGCAUGAUGUUCAAGUUAGUGCUGGUGGUACUGUUAAAGAGCUGAAAGAGGAAGUGGGAAAGAAAUUUUCAUCCCCUGAGGAACAGUUAUGUCUUAUCUUUGCUGGCAAGAUCCUCAAGGACCCAGACACAUUGGAACAGCAUGGAAUUAAAGAUGGUCUUACAGUUCAUCUUGUGAUCAGGAGUACAGGCAGGCCUACAGCAUCCUCUGCAGCCACACCUACCACACAGCAGACUAGCCCAUCACAACCUGAUGUGUCACAAACACCCUUUGGUCUUGGGGCUCUCGGUGGACUUCAAGGAAUGAAUGCUUUGGGUAUGGGAUCUGCAAACUUCAUGGAACUGCAACAGCGCAUGCAGAGAGAGUUGAUGAGCAACCCAGACAUGCUGCGUCAGAUGAUGGAGAACCCAUUUGUGCAGCAGAUGAUGUCCAACCCAGACAUCAUGCGCCAGCUUAUUAUGAAUAACCCACAGAUGCGUGAACUCAUGGAGCGGAACCCUGAAAUAACACACAUGUUGAACAACCCAGACUUGAUGAGACAGACAAUGGAACUGGCACGCAAUCCAGCAAUGCUACAAGAAUUGAUGAGAUCGCAAGACCGAGCCAUGAGCAAUUUGGAGAGUCUACCAGGUGGGUUCAAUGCUCUUCAGCGUAUGUACCGUGACAUUCAAGAGCCUAUGAUGAAUGCUGCUCAGGAGAGUUUGGGCACUAACCCAUUUGCAACUCUUGUGAAUAGCUCCUCACAUGGAGGAAAUACACAGCAGGGUCGUGAAAACACGGACCCACUGCCAAACCCUUGGGCACCUCGCUCUUCAGCUGGUACUGGCAGAACAUCUCCCAGUAGCACGGCUAGUGCUGCCUCUAACCCAGCUUCCAGUUUCUCUGCAAGUUUGACAGGAGCUCAAGGCUCCAUGUUCAACUCACCUGGGAUGCAAAGCUUGAUGCAACAAAUGAUGCAGAACCCUCAGAUGAUUUCCAACAUGAUGCAGGCACCAUACAUGCAGUCCAUGCUGCAAUCAUUGUCUGCAAACCCAGAAUUGGCGCAGCAAAUUAUAGGAAACAACCCCUUGUUUGCUGGUAACCCUUUGCUUAUGGAACAGUUUCGUUCACAAUUGCCAGUCCUUGUUCAGCAGUUGAACAACCCAGAUGUCCAGUCAACUAUGAGCAACCCACGGGCUCUUGAGGCUUUGUUGCAAAUCCAGCAAGGGAUGCAAACAUUGCAGUCUGAGGCCCCAAGUCUGUUCAGCAACUUAUCAGGGCUGUCUGGAGUGACACCACCAGGUCCUGGCUCUGCUACAACAGCCGCCCCAGAAUCAACUGGUGCCUCCAGUGGUACUGCCACAACAGGAUCCACCCCAGCUAGCCCAUCUGAAGCCACCACCACCACCAUUCCAGCAUCACCACGUUCAGCAGCAGCAGCAGCUCCUGCUGCAGGACAGCCUGGAAGUCAGGAAGCAUUUAGCAACAUGAUGGCAUCCUUAAUGCAGAUGAUGGUGGGCGGGCAAGUGAAUCAACCGCCAGAGCAGAGAUAUGCCUCUCAGCUGGAGCAGUUAGCUGCCAUGGGCUUUGUAGACAGAGAUGCCAAUAUCCGAGCUUUGACUGCCACUUUGGGUGAUGUGAAUGCUGCAAUCGACAGACUUCUACAGCAGAGAUGAUGCAACUGUUCAUUCAACCUUACCUUUCUGUUGGCUAUUAAGCACCCUUGGCUUUACAGAUUAUAACUUUUCCUGUACAGUGGAUAACUUUAAUGUUUUGGUUGUGUUUUCUUUUCCAUUCUUCUGUCAUGGUACUGAACAUUAACUACUGGGUGUACAUUCUGUCUUGCAUGUUGUUUCACUACUGCCACUCAUCAGGGCUAUAGUGAAAGGAAGGUUAGAGACGGUAUACCAGAUUUGGGCAUGAAUUGGUGAAUUCAGGAGCUCUGUUAUAGGAAUUGCUGCCUUCAUGACCCAGUUGUUAAUAGAAGCUGUUGUACACAAAUGUAGUUCAUGCAGCAUGUACCUUUGUGCAUUUGUGUGUGUAAAUUCCAGGUAGAAAUAGCAUUGGGUUUGGCUCGUGUUUACGGGUUUUGCAAGGGUUGCCAGUGUCAGUGAGCUGCUUCCUGCAGUAAUGGAAAUGUGGAUUACCAGAUAUAAAUGUGGAUUACCAGAUAUAAAUGUGGAUUACCAGAUAUAAAUGAAAGUCUGUGAUGAAUAGUCAGAAAAGGAAGGUAUUGCAGUUUGUGACAGGAAGCUUAGGUAUCAUGUUUCUGCAUACCUGCAUAAAUAUUCUUGCUAGAAUAUAUUGCAGCUUUAUAAUUGUUGUGUGAUACAUUUUAGAAGAAAUUCAUCAUGCCUUUAUGCCUUUUAAAGUUUGAUGCAUGGGUCCAAAAGCCAAACAGCAUUUAUCAACAUUGUCCCAAGUUAGUAAACUACAAGAAUAAAUUAAAAGGAACAUUUAUUUUCAGGCAGACGUCAAUAAAAAGUUUUGCUACCAGGAAAUGUGUUUGUUAAUUAGCUUUACCCAUAUGGACUAAAAGGCUAUUUGUCCCUGAAAGAUGGCACAGUUUAUGACUUCAGACAGAAAAAAAUGUCACUUAACAGUAACUAAAAUAUGCAAAGCCCUAUUUUGCUCAAAUAUAUCCAACACUAAAAGCAUUUGUCAUUUGGUUUGUUGUGGGGAUAAAACUGUACUUCAAUCUUGUAACUGAACAUGAACAUAUUUAUGGGGUCAGUUUCAAGUUGUUGAUUGCUUUUUGAUGAAAACUAAUUCUGUUGCCCUUAUCAGAUCAUCACAUUCUCAAUAGAUUGCCAAAACAUUUAAGAACAUAAAUUGUUGGCUAAGAAUUAUAAACAAUGCAUGGUUUUUUGCCAUGUCAACUUUUAUCAGAAAUAGCUUUUAUGUAAAGCUACUAGCAGACUACCCCCAAAAUGAUGGGUAAUGCACAGAAUUCGGUAUCGGCAUUUUGAGCAUUAGAUCGCAAAGUGAGUAUUUGAUUAAUAGCAAAGUAAUCAUAAACACUAGUUUUUCUCAGCGAACACUUUAGAUUAAUGGAAAAUGUCUUGAGAGGUUUGCAUGAAAUUUUGUACAUUUUUCAAGCUCAAAAUUGCACAUAGGAACUUGAUGGACAGUUUCCCUGUUAAAAAUGAUAUCCCACAGGCAUGUAUAGGUGGACUGUUGAGACCAACACUUAAGCCUCAAGCGAAGUUCUCUGCCGUUUGUCUCGGCGAGCCUAAACAAUAAAUUUGACUAAACCAGAAGCUAUGUAUACACCAGCCUCAUUUUCACAGUUAACUGGAAAAAAUCAUCUGCAAGCAGUCUAGUAAUACAAGUUUGUUAAUAUACUAAUCCUUGUACGCCUUUGUGAGUCAUGAGAGAUGUGUAAAUUAGUGUAAACCCACUUGGUGCAGAGUACCCAAUGGACCAUAUCACUAGUACUUGUCAAUUGCUGUGUGAGAUCAGGUGAAAACACUUCACCUCUUAUCUAAUCCCAGGAGAGCAAAAUGGGCUCAUUAUUGGUCUUUUGAUUCCAUUCUUAAUAGCCUGCAGUGGACGUUUUUUCCAAUCUAAACCUGACUAAAACCUACUUGGCAUCUAAAUAAUUGAGAUGUUCCCUUACUGUAAAGAUCAACCAUAUAACCCAUGGAAGACAUUGGUUGUUUCUUUCUUCAAAGUGUAUUAGAGUUGAUGGUUAUCAUGUUGACAUUUAAUGCAUGAUUUUGUUGUGUACUGCUCUAACAGGGAAACAUUUGCCAGAGUUUGAGGUUUUUAUCAGCCUGUUCGGUCUUAGUUUUACCUAAUGUAACACCAAAGAGCAACCUGUGAUUGGAUCAACAUAUGGAAGAUAAUAGCUUACCAUAUUGUUUUUGCCUUGGAAUAUAUACCAGUCUUAUCCUGUAUUCUCUGCUUGACAGGUUCAGUACCAUGGUUUUCAAACAAAGGCCAUUCAAUCAUCAUGCCCACUUCAGAUGCUCAGUAUUUUGAUGUACCAAAUCAAACGGUAAAAGGGUUGCUAAAAAUGCCUUACAGUAUAAAAGAAGAUUUUUGAAGUUUAGGCAAUGCGAUAUUUGGUGCUAUAUUUUUAAUUAGAGAGCAAAGACUUGCUGAAAACUUGUUAAACAACUUUUUCUUAUCUUUUCACUCUUGCCAUUUAAUUCUGUCCUUUGAGAGAAAUUUAUGAGUGUUUUUGUAAAGUGUAAUCUCGAAUGUUGAUCAGUAUCAUGUAGCAUUUUCCAACAGUGUACCCAGGCAUUUUUAUUGUUUUCUCAGAUAUAUUAGACCAUGAACUUUGCGUGGAAUUCCUUUUGUUUUUGAAUUAGAUAUUUGCAAGUGUUAGAAGGUUAAACAGGAAGGUCAAUCAAGUUAUGCAAUGUUUUCAUCCAUUGUUACUACAGAGUUGGAGUACCUCCUUUAUUUUCACUUUUAAAAAAAUUAACUGUGGAUAUAGCAGCUAUUUGUGCUUGCUCCACUGUAAACAUUACUUGUACAAAUUGUAUAUAAUGUGCUGUUUUGUUUUAACAAGCCUAAGCUAUUUAACUUGAAACAAGAUUUAUGUUAAGUGUUAUCUGUGUUGUGUAGUAUGAUUGACUUUUAAUUUUACUCUUGUAAAGGAAAAGUUUUGCUACCCUCAGUGCCCAUUUUCAACAUAGGGAAAUUUUUCCAGGAAAAUCUGUUGUCUGACAGUCCAGGAUUUACUGACAAGCUUAAUUUUACAGGCUUUAUGUUGUGCAACUCACUGAAAAAAAAACAAAAAUGUAAGUGGUUUCUUUUGGCUCUCAUUAGUGUCUCUUUUUGUCUUGUCAUAGCUUUCUUUUGAUCAGUGGCAAUAUGGCUAAAGACUUACUAUCUUCCAAGAGCUAUGGUUCUUUUAUCGCUAGCUAUUGUUUGUGAAUGGUUUGCUUAAUACAUUGCCUUGUACACCUUCGCUUUGUGAAUAGCUUGCUUUGCUGUCUCUGGCACACCUCCAAUAAAGACACGGCAUGAAUACA